UAUCAACAGAAUAACAUUUGUCUAAUUUGGCAUAAUCGUUUACGGGGAGAAUGAAUGAUCACAAAGACCACGUGCAAGAAUUGAUUUUGAUGUUAACGCGUUGAGUGCGGUUUGAAUGACACUUAUUAUUAGCAGCCUUGUGUUCAUUGAGUGCAUUUUUCUCUUUCAACUUUCUUCUAUUUUCCCUCUUCCAUCAUAAACUAUCAAACCUGCUUGCUUGCAUUUUUUUAUUCACCUUUUUUAUUGGAAUAAAAGACAGCAAAGCAGAAAGAGGCAGACCACACUAUCAUGACUGUUCCAAGUCAAUUCGCUUGGCGAUCUCAAAAAGCCGUUGGAAUCUUCAGCGGUGCGCCAAAUUACGUCUCUUUGACAGGAUCCAUAGACGAAUCAGUCUUGCAAAGCGCUGCUCGUACAUUUCAGUAUAGUCAAAAUGGAUCACUGGUAGCAUUCGCAUUCGAUAAUCAAUGCUUGGUUCUUUCUACAAACGGAUCAAGUUCUUCUUCCUCUUCGCAAAAAGAUGAACAGUGCAAACCUCUUCAUACAUUUGACGUGGAAAAAGUUGUCGACCUUCAAUUCUCACCAAAAGGUCGUUAUUUGAGCACAUGGCAAAGACCUUUCAAGGAUGCAGAAGAUAAAAAUGGGAAAAAUUUGCAGGUUUGGGAUUGCGAAUCAGGAGAAUGUGUUGGAAGCUUUGAAAGAAAGAAUCAACAAGGAUGCCAUUUCCAAUUCACCGAAAAUGAAGACGCUUGCCUUCGAAUGGUAACGAAUGAGCUGCACGUCUUUGACCCAAAAAGUAUAGAAGGAAAAGGCAUGAUCGGUCGUCUAAAGUUGGAAGGAUUGACAAGUUAUGAAAUUGGUCCAGGUGAAAAGCCUGCAGUAGCCGUUUUCUGCGGCGAAAAGAAAGGUGCACCAGCUUCUGUGCGUAUUUAUACAUUGGCUUCUUUAUUAACUGGCUUGAAGGAAAACCCGAAUCCUACAUCGCAAAAGACAUUUUUCAAAGCAGAUAAGAUUCAAAUAAAAUGGAACACCCAAGGUACUGCGCUCUUAUUCGCUACAUCAACCGAUCAUGACAAAUCAGGAAAAUCGUACUACGGUGAAACGAAUUUGUACAUGAUGUCAACUCGCGGCGAUUUCGAUUGUCGGAUCGCAUUGGACAAAGAAGGUCCAGUUCAUGACUUUGAAUGGAAUCCGAAUGGAAGAGAAUUUAUCGCAGUGUAUGGUUAUAUGCCAGCUAAGAGCACUUUGUUCAGCUAUCGCGUAAAUGUGAUCGCUGAACUCGGCACAUCUUCUCGUAAUUUUGUCGCUUUUAAUCCUCAAGGUCGCCUCUUUUGUUUGGCAGGUUUCGGAAAUCUGAGUGGAACAGUCGACGUUUGGGAUCGCGAAAAGCUUGGUCGAAAUGGGAUCUCUUACGAAAACAAUUCUGCCGCUAAGAUAUUCAGCUUCGAUGCCAGCAAUAGUAGCGCUUUCCAAUGGUCACCUGACGGACAAUUCAUUUUGACGGCAACUUUAUCGCCUCGCUUGCGUGUGGAUAAUGGUGUUCGUAUUUGGCACUGUACGGGUCAAUUGGUUCACGUUGAUAUGAUUAAUGAAUUGUAUCAAGCAAGUUGGAGACCGAGUUUGCCUUCCUUUGCUUUACAAAAUUAUCCUUUUCCCGCUUCUUUGCCUCCUACCCCUCCCCCUUCAGCAGCUGCACAAGCUGCUAUUGAAGCAAAGCAAUCCCGAGCAGUUGCUAGAACGGGCACAAGCGGUGGUGUGUACAGACCACCUGGCGCAAGAAAUUUACCGCCAAGCGAGUUACGCAAGAUUGAAGAAGCAGCCAAUUUACCGUACAAUGGCAACAGUAGCAGCAAUUCUCCUUCAGCAUCAGGCGCUUCAACGCCAUCGGGAGCAUACGUACCGCCAAACAAGGCCAGAGCUGGUGGAGCCCGUAGAACGGUGCCCGGUGCUGCUCCUGUGAGUGCGGCAAAAGGAAAUCAACAACAAAACGGUACGGGAAACAAGAGGAAUGCAUCGAGCGGGAAAUCAAACGGGAAUGUGACUUCAAACAAAUCCAACACGGUUAAUAUGGCAGCGGACAUCGGAGGAUUUGCAGGGGUUGAAGUACACAAUGGCACCGCCGACGCUUCGAUCAUCAACGGUUCAGCAAAAGAUGGCCAAGGCGCUGAAGGUGCAUUGCCAGGCGCAUUAGACAAAAAGCUUCGAAACUUGAACAAAAAGUUGAAAGCGAUUCAAGAACUCAAAGAACGUCGUGAUAAAGGUGAAAAAUUGGAACAAACGCAAUUGCAAAAGAUUGCAUCUGAACAAGCAUUGAGAAAAGAACUUUCAGAAUUAGAAUAGGAAGAUCACAUUGAUAAUGAUUGGAUAUUGUAUACAAUAGUACUAGAUUAUUUGUUUUUGUUUCAGUCAAGCUUCGAUAUUUAGCAAUCCAUUGAGAGCUUUGAGCCCUUUUGCAACUCCGUAACUUGCGCUUGCCAUGUUAGAUUUGGUGCUCUUAUCGAAUUGACCGCCAAUUGUUUGCAU